GCAAGCAAGCAAGCAAGCAAGCAAGCAAUAACAGCACACAGCAAGCACAACAGCAACACAACAAGAAGCCACUUUCCUUGAGCGGUUGCACUAGCAAAGCACACUCAUCAUCAUCAUCAAUCAUCAAUCCAUCCACUCAUCCAAAGCAGGAAGCACUUUCAUCAAGCAUACACACACACAGACAUCAUGGGUCACACGCACUCCCACCACCAUCACCAUCACCGCGAUGGCGAUGACGGCCAGCAUCAUGGCCUCAAGCGCAUCAGCUACAUCGUGCCCAACAGCGAAACCGAGACGGCAAGCGCAAUCAUUCGCAACCGGCGCUUCCCACACAAGCUCAUUGCCCUCCCCUUCCCGGAUCAGCCACACGUCAACACUUGCUGGCGCCUGUUUCAACGGGCCGUGGACGCGUUCCCGGAGAAUGACCUGAUGGGAGAGCGCGAACAGAACGAUGACGGAACUGCGGGGCCCUAUCGCUUUCGCUCCUACACACAAGUGAGCGAAGACGUCGCGCGCAUCGGCAGCGGCCUCACCCACGCCGGUAUCGUGUCCAAGGGCACCCCUGUUGCCGUCUUUGGAAUCAACUGCGCCGGCUGGACAACAGCACUGCUGUCGCUCUGGCGCCAGGGCGGCGUCUGCGUUCCCCUGUACGACACGCUCGGCCACGAUGCAUCAAGCUACAUCUUGAAGGAUGCGCAGGCCCGCGCCGUUGUCUGCGGGCGGGCGCAGCGCCAACAGGUCAUGGACAUUGCCGAGGACUGCAACGUCACCACCGUCAUUCAGUUUGAACCGCUCACAGACGAAGAGCGCGCCAACCCCCCGCCAAGCGGUAUCACACUCAUGUGUCUGGAUGACCUGCGCGCGGAGACCACAACAACGCCCGUCACGCCACCUGUCGAUGUGGAGCCAAACGACCUUGCCUACAUCAUGUACACGUCGGGGACAACAGGCCGCCCAAAGGGUGUGGAGAUCACGCACGCGAACAUGGUCGCAAGCGUCACAGGCAUCAAGUACACGGGCACAAACAUUGUGGACUCAGACAGCUACUUGUGCUAUCUGCCAUUGGCGCAUGUGUUUGAGGCGACCAUGCAAGUGCUGGCCAUUGCGCAUGGUUGUUCCCUGGGAUAUUUCCAGGGCGAUGUGAAGAAGAUUCUCAGCGACAUUCAAGCGCUGCGCCCCACCCUCUUUGCCGGCGUGCCACGUGUCUACUCACGCUUCUACGACAAGGUCACGCAGCGUGUUGAGAACUCCGGCAUCAUCAAGCACACGCUGUUCAAUGUUGCGUUCCACCAACAGCUGGCGCACAUCCACCGCGGAACCCGCAGCGCCUUCUGGGACAAGCUCGUGUUUGACAAGACGAAGGAGUUCCUUGGAGGACGCAUUCGCGUCAUGGCAACGGGUGGGGCGCCGCUGCCCGCACACAUCUACGACUUCCUCCGCGUCGUGUUUGGCUGCGAUGUGCAGCAAGGGUACGGCUUGACCGAGUCUGUGUGCGGUGGGUGCAUCACCCCAUAUGGGUUCAUCCCACCAGGCACCAUCGGCGAGCCCGUGCCUUGCUGUGAAGUGCGCCUCGUCGAUGUCCCCGCCCUCAACUACACCCACAAAGAUUCUCCCAAUCCACGUGGCGAGGUGUGUGUGCGCGGGCCAAACGUGUUCCACGGAUACCACAAUCUCUCCGCCAAAACGAAGGAGGCGCUGGACGACGAGGGCUGGCUCCACACCGGCGAUAUCGCCCAGCUGCGAAGCGACGGCGCAGUUCAGAUUAUCGAUCGCAUGAAGAACAUCUUCAAGCUUGCACAGGGCGAAUACGUCGCGGCCGAAGAGCUUGAGAACAUCUAUCUACGCAGCAAAUACAUUACGCAGAUCUUUGUGUACGGCAACAGCACCCGUCGCCACAUUGUCGCUAUUGUUGUGCCGGACAAGGAAACAAUGGUUCCCUGGCUGGAAGACCACGGACUGGGUAACAAGGACUUCAAGGCCGCGUGCUCAUCCAAGAAGGUCAAAGAUCUGUUGAUGGCAGAAAUCAAAGCCCUGGGAGAAGAGGAGGGUUUGGCCCAGUUCAAGAUUCCAGCGGACAUUCACGUGGAGGGUGAUGUCAACGAUCUGAACCAAAGCUUCACGGUCGAGAACGACUGCCUGACACCAACAUUCAAGCUGAAGCGCCCACAACUUCAGCAACGCUACCAGCAGCAGAUCGACAGCAUGUACAAGAGCGUCGACUGAGACCAGCCAAGCAACAACGACAACAACAACAACAACAAUAACAACAACAACAACAACAACAACAACAACAACAACAACAA